AUGUUCACAUUCACGCCUCUCCUCGGCGCUCAGUCGUCGUCGAGAGCGUCGCAAUCGAUCUUGGAGCUCGACGGAGGGAUCAAGAUCCUCGUAGAUGUUGGCUGGGAUGACACAUUCGAUACCCUCGACUUAGCCGAACUGGAGAAGCACAUCCCGACCCUCUCUCUGAUUCUCUUGACACAUGCGACACCCGCCCACAUUGGCGCGCUAGUUCACUGCUGCCGAACCUUCCCUCUCUUCACCCAAAUCCCGAUCUACGCAACGAGUCCCGUCAUCGCCUUCGGUCGUACACUCUUACAGGACCUUUACGCCUCCGCUCCACUCGCUGCCACAUUCCUACCCAAGGCGUCGGUCUCAGAGCCAGGCGCAGUAUCGGCGGCAUCGGCGGGGGCAUUGAACGGAGAUGCUGACGCUGCUGGCAGCACAAGCCGAAUUCUCCUACCAUCACCCACGGCGGAGGAGAUCUCGCGGUAUUUCUCUCUCAUUCAACCUCUCAAAUACUCUCAGCCACACCAGCCGCUCCCUUCGCCGUUCUCACCUCCGCUGAAUGGGCUCACACUCACGGCUUACAAUGCUGGCCACACUGUCGGUGGAACAAUAUGGCACAUCCAGCAUGGGUUGGAGUCCAUUGUGUAUGCAAUGGACUGGAAUCAAGCUCGCGAGAGUGUUGUCGCAGGUGCCGCGUGGUUCGGCGGCUCCGGUGCGAGCGGUGCAGAAGUCAUUGAACAGUUGCGAAAACCGACAGCAUUGAUCUGCAGUACGAAGGGAGGAGAUAAGCUGGCGCUAUCGGGUGGCCGCAAAAAGCGAGACGACCUUCUCCUUGACAUGAUUCGGAGCUGCCUUGCGAAAGGUGGUACCGUUCUCAUCCCCACAGAUACCAGCGCUCGAGUCUUAGAGCUGGCAUAUUCAUUGGAGCACUCGUGGCGCGAUGCUGCAUCUGGCGACAAGGGAGACGUCCUCCAAGGAGCCGGGCUAUAUCUGGCUGGCAAAAGGGUCACUGCAACUAUUAGAUUGGCCCGAAGUAUGCUUGAGUGGAUGGACGAAAACAUCGUACGCGAGUUUGAAGCCGCUGAAAGCACAGAUGUCAACAAUGGACAAAGAGCCGGUGGACAAGAUAAGUCUAGCAAAGGCGCAGGACCAUUCACCUUUAAACAUCUCAAAAUCAUCGAGCGCAAGAAGCGACUCGAGAAGCUCCUGUCAGAACCGGGACCCAAGGUUAUCCUUGCUUCUGACACUUCAAUGGACUGGGGCUUUUCAAAGGACUCUCUUCGACAAGUGGCCGAAGGGCCGAAUAACCUUUUGUUGCUGACGGAGUCCUUCCGCAAAGACUUGUCAUCCCAGAAGCAAGGACGUGCUCACGCCCCGGAGACAAUUGGAAGCAUGAUAUGGCAAUGGUACGAGGAGCGCAGAGACGGUGUGGCCCUGGAAAAGGGCUCUGAUGGCGAGCACAUUGAACAGGUCCACAGCAAUGGACGAGAACUGGCCUGGAAGGACGUGGAACGAGCCCAGCUGGAUGCCGGAGAGCAAUUAUUAUAUCAGCAGUACCUUGCGACCAAGCGACAACUGCAAGAUACGUCUCAAACUCUCGGCCAAGAAACUCUUGAUCCGGCUGCAGACGCCCUAGACGAUGGAUCAAGCUCUACCUCUUCAGAAGACUCAGAUCCCGAGCAGCAGGGUCGAGCGUUAAACUUCUCAGCAUCAUUGGCUCAUGCCACUCGAAGCAAACUCGCUGUGAGCGACGAAGACUUGGGUAUCAACAUUCUGCUCCGCCGAAAAAACGUUUAUGAUUACGAUGUGCGCGGCAAAAAGGGCCGUGAGCGUAUAUUCCCUUACGUGGCACCAAGAAAGAAAGGCGACGAAUAUGGCGAGUUCAUUCGCCCCGAGGAGUACCUCCGAGCGGAGGAACGCGAAGAGAUCGACAUGCAACAAAGACGUACGGAUGCCGAGACAAAGUUGGGACAAAAACGAAGAUGGGAUGAAACUGCCGGCUCGAAUGGACGCAAGUUGUCCGGCGGCGCAGCAGGGCGGAAGCGUCCUCACCUCGACGGCAAGCCGCAGGACGCCAACGAAGAUGACAUGAGCCUUGCCUCUGACGGAGAAGACGCCGACGCAGCGAUCGAGUCUGACGGCGAAUUGGAAGCUCAAAGCUUCGAAGGACCUGCUAAGGCAAUUUAUAACGACCAAGCCAUCACUAUUAACGCCCGUAUUGCUUUCAUCGACUUCAUGGGACUUCAUGACAAGAGAAGUUUAGAGAUGUUGAUCCCCCUCAUUCAGCCCCAAAAGUUGAUUUUGGUUGGAGGAAUGAAAGAAGAGACACUUGCAUUGGCAUCUGAAUGUCAAAAGCUACUAUCCGCCAAACCCGGCACUGCCGACUCGGCGUUGGGCACAACUGCCAUGGUCUUCACGCCCGCCAACGGAAAUUCGAUCGACGCCAGCGUAGACACGAACGCCUGGAUGGUCAAGCUGAGCAACACUCUCGUCCGACGCCUCAACUGGCAACACGUGCGCAGCCUUGGUGUUGUUGCUCUCACAGCACAGCUGCGGGGCCCGGAGCAAGUCGCCCCCGAGAUCGAGGACGCCGAAACAUCCGGAAAGAAGAUGAAGCAACUGAGAGACGAAGCAGCUUCCUCUGCAGUCGCCCCCACAUUCGAACUAGGAGACAACAAAGCGUCGGACAGACCAGACGUAUACCCCUUGCUCGACACUCUCCCAGCCAGCAUGGCCGCGGGAACCCGGUCCAUGGCUCGUCCGCUCCACGUCGGCGAUUUGCGAUUGGCCGACCUUCGCAAGCUCAUGCAGGCUGCUGGCCACAUUGCAGAGUUCCGAGGCGAGGGUACGCUCCUGAUCGACAAGUCAGUUGCUGUGCGUAAGUCGGGAACUGGCAAGAUUGAGGUCGAAGCAACUGCACAGUCUGCGGCGGCUCAGUCUGCUCGCGGGUCAGGCAGCUUCCUCGCGGUCAAGAGAAAGAUUUACGAGGGGCUGGCUGUUGUUGCUGGCAACUGA